UACUCCAGCGGGCCAAGUGUACACUCGCGACAGUCGCGACUGCUUCCAGCGAGUUAGCAGUGCGUCCCGGCUCCAGUUGUACAUCUGCGCGAAGCGCGACUCCAAAUCGUGAUUCAGAAUAUGCGAUAAACUCGCAGGAUUAGUCAUUCCUCAAGCACUUGAGACAUCAGUUGCUAAAAGAUCUUUCCACCCGCACGCAGUGUCAUUUUGGAGCUGUUAAUUUUGUAUAUAAUAGAUAUUUGAAUUUGUCCCAAGUGUAUAAUCGAGAAUGGAUCAGGAGGAAGAAAAUAAACCCAAGUGGCUUUUGGAGCUAGAAAAUCGAAAGCGCAAGCCACGAUUAGCUCAUGAAACGGGUGCAGGUGCGCCUUGUUUGACUUGUGAAUCAGCGUGUCCUGGUUUGGAUCUACACUUUUGGAGGAAAAUAUGCAAAAAUUGCAAGUGCAGGGGAGACGAUCACGACGUUGACGAUGACGAUUUCCCACAAUUUCAGCUGCUUUUUGGAAACAGUGUCAAGAAUAAGAAAAAUCGUUCCGUCCUGCUUCCGGUACAUGACAAAAAGCAAGCUACUCAAGCUGAAACUCCAUUUGAGUGGAUUCCUCCAGACACAACAAAGGAAUUAGCUGCAGACUACAUGAAAGCCUUGCCAUCUGACAAAAUGCCAAUUAAGGGUUCGUCCGGUGCUGCUUUGCGGAGACUACAACUUCAGAAGCAACUGCCUUUGCAUGAUAUAGAUCACAAGGCAUGUGACACCCUUACAGAUAAAGAAAGAAAAGAAUUUGAAAAAUAUUUGGAUAAUUUGAAAAACUGUGCUGGCCAAGGAAAAGUCACAAAGUUGACGACCAUAAGACCUUUUGAUAAAUCUUUAAUGACACCAGCAAAUGCCACAGAUGUUCAGCGGUUUAGUCCACAACACAGUAAACUAUUACAGAAUAACUCGCCAGCUGGAUUGAAUUUACGUACCCCAAGUAGUUUUAUUCCAAAAAUUCCACAGUCACAAACAAAUGCAAAUUUACCAAAUUUUUCAAGUUUACUGAAUGAAGGAAUGAGCCCAUUAACUCCUAACAUAGAUGUUGUACGUGCUCAACACUUGCAAGCUAUGAAUGAACCAAGUCCUGGACCUGGCCGUUAUCAUCAUACUUUGGCAAAAAUUUCUGGCAAAAGUAAUUUAGCUGAAGCAGCUAGUGUACCAGGAACUUAUCAUUUAGGGAAAAGUCCUCUGGCCAAUUCUGCUGCUCCCAAAAAUUCAAAUGCUAGACCUUAUCAUCACACUUUAGAAAAUAUAUCUGGCAAAGGUAGUUUAGCUGAAACAGCAAAUAUACCAGCUGGCUAUCAUCUAGGUGGAAAUCAAGUGGCUAAUGCCAGCAGUCCAAAGGAUCCAAAUUCUGGGCCUUAUCAUCAUAGUUUAGAAAAUAUUUCUAACAAAGGCAGUUUGGCUGAAACAGCCAGUACACCAGGGGCUUAUUAUUCAGGAGAAGGUCAUCUAGCUAACUCCAGUGGUUCGAACAAUCAAAUUUUAGGACCCUAUCACCAUACUUUGGCAAACAUUUCCGGUAAAGGUAAUUUAGCUGAAGCUGCUAAUGUGCCAGGAGCUUAUCAUGCAGGAGAAAAUCAUCCUACUAGUUUCAGCAGUCCUAAAAAUUCAAGUUCUGGACCUUACCAUCAUAGCUUAGCAAAUAUUUCUGGCAAAGGCAAUUUAGCUGAAGCUUCUCAUGUACCAGGUGCCUAUCAUUUAGGUACAGGAAGUCACGUGACCAAUUCUGCCAAUUUCAAAAAUCCAGAUCCUACAUUGAAAGCAGAGUUUAAUCAAGAAAUUCCAAGUCAUAUGCCUAAUGAACAUUUGCCAAGUCAAUUGAAAGCUUACACAGAAAAAAUGGGUGGACAAGUUGAUCAAAAUUUGGAAUUCUCAAGUGACUUAUCACCAAAUGCCUUAAUUGCUCAACAAAUGUUAUCUGAAGCUCUUCAACCACCAAGUGCCGUAAAUAGUAGUAGUAUUGUAGGUAGUAGUUUAGAUGAACAAGGACUUUCAUAUAUUCGAGACAAACUCCAUGAUAAAUACAGCAACAAAAAAGAUAAUCAAAGUCCCAUGGUACCAGCAGUAGGAGAACUUGAUCAUCUUGGCUAUCCUUCAUUAAGUGCAAGUUCUGAAAAUGUUAUAAGAAAUGCCGAAAAAGCUAAAGAAAUCAGAAAUAAGCUAAAUCCAAAUGAAAGUAAAAAUUGGUUGCCUUUUCAAUCGCCUUACUCAAUUCAAGCUGAUCUUAAUACCUCUUUACCUGUACAAUCAAAUGUGAUACAUUCAGAAAACUUAAAUCAUUCCGUCUUUCCGCACGAUGCCGUCGGCGGUGCCUCAGUUGCACUCCAGAAUCCAGAAAACAUUAGUCAAUUACAAGAGGAAAUGGAAGGCAUGACUAUGAACGCAUCAAAAACGCACAAAUGUCAUAACUGUGACGAAAAUAUACAUUGUGGCGAUGUCGUCGUUACUGCAGAAAAAAUCAAAGAUGCAGUUUGGCAUCCAGGUUGCUUUGUAUGUUGUGCAUGUAAUGAACUUUUGGUAGAUUUAGUAUAUUUCACUCACAAAGGGAAGCUUUACUGUGGAAGAGAUCUUUCCGAGCUAUUAGAAAUUCCAAGAUGCUUUGCCUGUGAUGAGCUCAUCUUCGUUCGUGAAUACACUGUAGCAGAAGGCCAUAAUUACCACGUUAAGCAUUUUUGCUGUUGGGACUGUGAUAUUCCAUUAGCUGGACAGAAAUACAUUUCGGAAAAUGAUAGGCCUCUUUGUCUGCCCUGUUAUCAACAGAAUUAUGCUAAAACUUGUAAUACUUGUAACAAUGUGAUUGCUGCAGAUCAACAAGGAGUGGCCAUAAAAAAUCUUAAUUUCCAUGCCAAAGACAAUUGCUUUUGCUGUUUUACAUGCAAAAAAAGUCUUCUGGAUGGUCAAAUUGCCAUUAAAGAAAAUAAGCCUCUUUGUAGUAAAGAAUGCAUUGCAGAAUUUUUACAACGUAAAGCAAUAGGUAGAUAAGAAAGAAAUCGUGCCAAUGUAUUAAAAAUUUUAUAUAUAUAUUUGUAAUAAACAGUCAAGUGAAUAAAAAAAAUAUUUUCUUUUCAUAUACAUGCAAGUGUACAUACAUCUUCUUAUAACAAAGUGAUUGGAACAUUUUUAUAAUCAUUUGUAGGUACUAUAGAACAGUAAUGUAUUCACAAACAUGAUGUUAUCAAUAUCAACGUAAUGUACAUUUAAAGUACGCCUAAUGAGAAAAAUCCUUAUUUUAAGACAACGUUUUACAAUUCAGUAAAAUCAAGUGCUUUAAUCAAAUUCUUUUUAGUUUUUUACCUUAUAUAUAGGUGAUCAAUAAAUGAACAUUUAUAUUUCUUGAUUCACCUUUAGUGCAAAUGGAACAAUAUAUGCAACAUUUAUAUAAACAGCAUCAUAGUUAAUAAAAUAUUUGAAGGUCGAAUUUUUGUACGAUGUAUCGAA